AUGAAUCGUAUGAUUGUGAAAUGCCGGCGAUGCAAGCACAUACCUCGCAUCCAAGCCAUUAAAUACUACUCCUCUUCCUACCGCCCCUCAAUCGCCGCAAAGCCUACCCUCGACAUAUACCAGAUCCGCAACAAUGCAGAUCUCUACACUCAAAACUGUCUCUCAAGAAACUGCCCCGAACUCGCCUCCAACCCAUCCCGCAUCGUCAAGCUCAUGCACUACCACCAGGCUUUGCAGUACGCUGCGAAAUCUUUACGCGAACGCGCAAAUGCUUUACAGAAGGAGCUUGUAGUGCUCAAAGCAGAGGGGAAGAACAUUGACGGAGCGCUCAAACAAGCGAGGGAGACUGAAACAAAGCUUCUUGAAGUUGAAGAAGUAGAGGAGGAUAUCAUGAGCAAGAUAGAAGAGUUGGCGCUGGCGUUGCCGAAUUUUGCAAGUAAGGACACGCCGAAGACCGAGUUUGAGCCUAUCUGCCAUGUCAACGCCGACGAAAAGACUAUUCAGAUCAAGGACAGCAAGGGAAAGCCAAUUCAUCACGUUGAGGUCGGAAAACAGCUUGGCAUUUUCGACUAUGCUUCUGCUGACACCACUUCCGGCAGGGGAUGGUAUUACCUCGUCGGCUCCGGCGCCCUCUUAGAACAGGCACUCGUCUCCUACGCUCUCACCUUUGCAACUCGCGAAGGCUGGACUCCCGUCUCGCCUUCGUCUCUAGUCUACUCGCACAUCUCCGCCGCUUGCGGGGCUCAAUCUCAGGAUAGUAGCGGUGAGCAACAAGUGUACAGCAUUGCGCAGGAUGAGAAGGAUGAGCCAGAGAUGAGUCUGGCAAGAUCAAGCGAUAUUGCACUGGCUGCAAUGAAGGCAAACACAGUAAUCUCGGAGGACGAGUUGCCGCUCAGAAGGGUCGCUGCUUCAAGAUGUUAUAGGCCUGAGGCUAGGCCCAACACGGAGGGACGGUAUAACGUGCAUGAGUUCACCAACGUGGAUUUAUUUGCCUGGACGAAGCCAGACGAGGAAGAGAUGGAAUACUUCUUUGACGAAAUCAUCGACAUCCAAACUGAUAUCCUCGGCGCCCUCGGUCUCACAUGCCGUGUCCUCGACAUGCCAGUCCACAAGCUCAGCGCCAGAGAAGCCCGUAGAGUCUCCAUCGAAGCUUUCUUCCCUUCUCGCGCUGUGGGUGACACACCGGAUGAGAUCCACGACGCUGCCUGGGGAGAAAUUGCCUCUGUGAGUUUCUGUACGGACUACCAGAGUCGACGGUUAGCGACGAGGAUGAGCGACGCGGCAGAUGGGACAUUGAGGUUCCCGUGGACGGUGAGUGCGACGGUGCUGGCGGUGCCUAGGGUUGUGGCGGCGUUGUUGGAAAUUGGGUGGGAUGCAGAUGAGGGGAUUGUGUGGCUGCCCAAGGUGUUGCAUCAGUUUAUGGGUACAGAUCGGAUUGAGGGCCCCAAGAUGAAGUGA